UCCAAUCCUUCAGGUGCAGUACAAAGGUUCACUUAGAGCAGUGUAGCUGCUAUUCAUUCUGCAUAAUAAGCUGUGCGACUCAGUCUGUCUCUUUCUUUCAUGAUCAACUCCUUUAUUGAUUUUAUCUUUUAUAAAGUACUUUUUUCUUUUAUCAUAUCAAACUUUUCAUAAAAUUUCCUUUAGGAAUUGAUUUGAUCCUUUUCUCUUUCUCAAACUUUGUUGGGUAGGGAAACACUUUUUAACCUUGGGGUUUCAUUUUUAAUUUUCGUUGUAGCCGUCUUUUGCUAUAACAACCUCUCACUUUGCUACUGCUUGGAGAUGUCCAUCUCGGGCCAGCCUGUGGCACAGUUCAGUGUGUGGGAUUAUGUGGUGUUUAUCGCCAUGCUUCUUGUGUCCCUGAGCAUUGGGGUCUAUCAUGCAUUUAAGGCCAGGGCCCAGCAGUCGAACAAUGAGUUCCUGCUGGGAGGCAGGAAGAUGAAGGCAGUGCCUGUUGCCAUGUCACUUACUGCCAGCUUCAUGUCGGCUGUUACGGUGAUUGGGACACCAGCAGAGGUUUAUCGCUACGGGGCCAUGUUCUUGAUCUUCUGCAUCAGCUACUCCGUGGUUGCCAUCGUCUGUGCUGAAAUCUUCCUGCCUGUAUUCUACAGACUCAAUAUCACCAGCACUUAUGAGUAUCUAGGGAUGAGAUUCAACAAAACGGCCCGAUACAUUGGGACCUUUCUCUACGUCGUUCUAACAGUACUAUACACUGGGAUUGUCAUUUAUGCCCCGGCAUUAGCAUUGAAUCAGAUAACUGGAUUGGAUCUCUGGGGAGUUCUCGUUGCAACUGGGCUUGUCUGCACCUUUUACUGUACUUUGGGUGGCCUGAAAGCUGUGGUUUGGACUGAUGUGUUCCAGAUGUUGAUCAUGUUUGCUGGCUUCAUGGCUGUAAUAAUCCGAGGUUUGGUUCCCCAAGGAGGAUUUGGACGUAUCUGGAAUAUCUCAUAUCAUGGAGGGAGACUCAACUUCUGGGACUUUGACCCAGACCCAUUGAGACGCCACACUUUCUGGACAAUUGUGGUUGGAGGGAGUUUUAUGUGGACAGCCAUCUAUGGUAUCAACCAAUCUCAGGUGCAGCGGUACAUCUCCUGCAAAUCUAUAUGUGAAGCUAAACUGUCACUCUACCUGAACAUGGUUGGCCUUUGGAUGACUGCUUUGUGUGCAGUGCUGAGUGGACUGAUUAUGUAUUCUAUUUACUACCAGUGUGACCCAUUGACAGCAAAGCAAGUCCAAGCACUCGACCAGUUGCUCCCGUAUCUGGUAAUGGAUUUCCUGGGAGAUUAUCCGGGUGUGCCUGGACUCUUUGUUGCAGCUGCAUACAGUGGGACUUUGAGUACAGUCUCCUCCAGCAUUAAUGCACUGACAGCUGUCACAAUGGAGGAUGUCCUCAAGCCUCAUCUCAACUUUUCAGAGAAGAAAAUGGCUUGGAUCACAAAAGGAAUCAGUCUCAUGUUUGGACUCAUCUGCAUUGGAAUGGCUGCCUUAUCUUCCUUGAUGGGAAGUGUGCUCGAGGCAGCCCUCACUAUCUUUGGGAUUAUUGGAGGUCCACUGCUUGGAUUCUUUUUGUUAGGCAUGAUAUUCCCCUGGGCCAAUUCAACUGGCGCAAUAUCUGGCCUGGUUGUCAGCCUCGCAUUGACAUUAUGGGUUGGAAUUGGUGGACAGGUCUACCCGCCACUGCCUGAGAAAACGCGACCCCUGCCCCUCAGCGUUGAGGGGUGCCUGUUCAACAUCACCACACCUGCACCACCUAUGAAUGAGAGCAGCUGGGGGACAACUCAUGAACCAGAGCUGAACUUCAGGCCAGAAAUUGCAAGCACGUGGUAUUCAAUCUCCUACCUCUACUUGAACCCAAUAGCAACCAUGAUUGUCUUGAUUCUUGGGCUCAUCAUCAGCUUGCUGACAGGAAAAAGCAAGAGAGAGGUGGAUACGAAGCUUCUGAUCACAAAGAAGGACCUGGUGUGCUGUUUCUGCUGGACUGAUACAGCCGAUCACCCAGAGGAUAAAGACAUUAAAAUGAAGACAAAGAAGGCAGAAGAGAAGGGCCAGGAAAAUCCCACCUUCAAUCAUCAAGAGGUCAACUGUCCAGAGAAACAGGCUCCCAUCCCAUCCACAACAUAUUUGUAGAUAAUAUAUAUAUCAUCCUCAACACAAGAAUAUCACACUAAGUUUCCAGAUGUUGGGAACUUUAUUUCCUCUCACAAGUGUGUUGAGUGCACGUCUAUCAGAUUGGGUUAUAGAGGUGGUUCCCACUGUCCCUCUUCUCACAUACUCCCACGUCCUGAAAUAUGACUGUGGUGGAGUUUCCCACUGCAUUUCACUGAAACUAUCUCAGCAGAAUCAACUCUGAAGAAUCACAUGGCAUUUAACUUUAACCACUCAGAUGCCAGGGAGUGAAAUAUUGGAGGUCAAUUAACAUUGGUUGUCAACUUUAAGCACAUUCACAGCUACUAUUUGCACUCAAUUUCACACUUCCAUUUUCAACCACUUCAAUGCAUUGUGUGAAGGUGAACCCAACCAAUGGCUGCACUCAUUCAGACAUCAGUGUUGGCACCUAAAGGCCAAUUACUCCCCCAGUAAUGUAUGACACAUCACCGGAACCUAACCUCUGGUUAAUAUGGUUUGACAGGACACACAUUUCUCUUCUUAAGCUUUUUAGUUCAUACACUGAGAUGUCGAAUUAAAACUAUUAUUAAAGUAAUAUUUAGUAAAUAUUUUCAAGAUUAGAUUCUAUUGCCCUUCAAAAUAUAACAGUGCAUAGGCAUUAUUGUAAACAGCGCAAACCAGGCACAGAACUGUUCACACUUCACCUAGUUUCCAGAAAUGCGGUUUUGCACAAAUUUAUAUAUCACUACAAUUUAAAAUCCACCAUGAAGAGAUAAUCAAGCAAAAUAUUAAAGUGUAAUUUUUAAAAAUAAAUAUAUUCUUUGAUCAA